GAUGCGGAUGUAUGUCCCAUCAUCAUUGUCCAACACCGAAUCUAACGAGCCACUUAGCAUGGCCACCUCAUCUGGGCCCUGGCCCAAUGAAUCGAUGAUGACGGGCGAGCGGGAUCAAGCCGACCCAGUGCCUGGUGCCCUAGCCCCACCCGCCAGUCCGAGUCCCUCCACCCUUUUGACGGGCAAGUCAAUCCAGACGUUUCAUUGCGAUCGCUGCCGUCGAACCUUCGUCUGUCGUCACUCAGUCCUGAGUCAUCGCAAGGCCCGCCGAUGUCGCCAGGCCCAGGAAGCCCCGUGCUCGGCUGAUCACACGCACCAACCGAUUCGUCUUCAGUUUGACUCCAUGACCGAGGCCUUGAAUUGGCGGUUGGAAAACCAGUUGGAUCGAUAUUUUUCUUUAAAAUCCGCCAAAAACUCCAAUGGCACCCCAGGCUCCUACCGCAUUAUGCGCUGUAAUCAAAAUGUCAAGGAUAGGAUUGCUAGUAGUAAAAAAUCCAAGAAAGCUUAUGACUGUGCUGCCAAGGUCAUCUUCAACCAAAAAGAAGUAUGUGUUUGUGAAAAUCACGAAUUGGUGGAGUGCAGUAACGUGAAACAGCAAGUUCUUGUCUAUGGUUGCAUAGAACAUUCACAUCCCAUUGAGCGAAACAAGAUUCGCCUGUCCAAAGUCGCCAAAGAUCGGGCCUCAGAGCUCAUUGCCUCGGGUGUUCCUUCUGAUGUUGUAUUAAAAGAAUAUCGUUCAAUGCAUGAACAAGACCCCGAAAGCAAGCCCUUGAAGUAUGAAGAUAUCUACCGGAUUAAGAAGAUGUGCAAGCUAAAGGGUUAUGGUGGGAAAAAUGUCCAAGAUAUUACUGCAUCCCAUUUGCCAAUUGGGUCAACUUUAAAGGGAACUCUCGUUCGAAAACGUGCCACAAAGACGUCGAUCUCGAGUGAAAAUGAUAUUGACAAAAAGAGGUUAAAAAAUGAACAAAAGGAACUAAAUGUAAUUUUGAAGGAGUUUGAGAUGGUUGAAGACAAGAUGAGCUCAAUCAAAAAAUUUUUGAUUGCUGAUGAUAAGCCAAUCGCGGAGAAAAAACACUUGGUGGAUUCGUUAUCAUCACUCCUAAGCAAUUUCGUUGGCUCAUCUCCUCUCUCGGACCAAUAACCUUCCUCAGACGACACAAAACGUAUGUCAUUUGUCGAAAUUGUCUAUACCAUAUAUUCACGGGUAUGUGCCGGAGUACUUGAAAUAAUAAUUCUGAUAAAUAGUGGCUGAUAUGAUCAAUAAAAACUGGUUAUUAGGCUGAA